GGUUUCAUAGCCUGACGGUCGUUCUGUAUUUGUCUCUUUUCAACUCGUAGCGAAGUCCAUAAGCGUCUGGGCACGCGUAGUGAUCAAUAUGUCCACGUGAUCUGUCGUCAGUCUACUCGCGUAAUUGCAAAUGCAAAAUGUAUAGGAAGGAAACGUUUUGUGUUACAAUGAAAUCAUAAAUAUUUUGUGUUAUAAGUUGUAGUGUUGUAGAUAUAAAAUGCCCGCGUCUAUUGGCGUGAAUUUGCGCGUGACGGGACAUUGUAGCCAAGGCGGGAGAAAGUAUAUGGAAGACUUGUUUUCCGUUGCUUAUCAACAAACUGAGGAUGAGAGGGACUUGGAGUACGCGUUCUUCGGAAUUUACGAUGGCCACGGAGGAAGCGAAGCGGCGGCGUUUGCUAAGGAGCAUUUGAUGGACUCUAUAGUGAAGCAGAGACAGUUUUGGUCAGACAACGACGAGGAUGUUCUGAAAGCAAUACGAAAUGGUUACAUGCUGACCCACUUGAACAUGUGGAAAGAGUUAGAAAAAUGGCCGAAGACAGUAACAGGAUUGCCAAGCACUGCCGGAACUACAGCAAGUGUGGCUUUUAUAAGGAGGGGGAAAAUAUACAUUGGUCAUGUUGGAGAUUCUGCUAUAGUACUGGGUUACCAGAAAGACGGUUGUGAGGAAUGGGCAGCGAAACCAUUAACAUCAGACCAUAAGCCAGAGUCCACAUUGGAAAUAGAACGCAUACAGAGAUGCGGUGGCAAAGUGGUCUCAAAAGCUGGGGUACCGCGCGUCGUGUGGAACAGACCUCGUCCUGGACACAAGGGACCAAUCAAGAAGAAUACGCCCAUGGACGAGAUUCCGUUCCUGGCAGUAGCAAGGUCCCUUGGAGACCUCUGGAGUUAUAAUCCCCAGAAUGAUGAGUUUAUAGUCAGUCCUGAUCCAGAUGUGGGUGUUUUGACUAUAGACCCUUCUAAAUUCCGAUGUCUAAUAUUUGGCACGGAUGGGCUGUGGAACAUGAUCUCGCCCGAAGGCGCCGUAAGUCUAGUUCAGGCGACAGAAAAACACAACGAGGCGGCACUCGUCGGCGGUAACGGCAGUCAACCCAGAGAUUGGUUGAAUCCAUCUAAGAGCCUAGUGGAUCAUGCUUUAGAGAGAUGGUCCAACACGCGCAUGCGUGCUGACAACACGUCGGUGGUGACAUUGAUGCUGGACCCGCCGGGCCCGCCGCGUGCCACCGUGCUGCGGUCCCGCAGCGCGCCGGCGCGUGUGCCCGGCCAGCCCGCCGGCCCCGCGCCCCCAGCACCGCCGCCCGCGCCACCUGACCAGCCUCGCGCCGAUGACCGCCCCAUGCCGCAGAACGGCCUCACCAUCAUGACCCGUUACUCCGACGCCGAGCGGCCGCCGUCCGCGCCCCCUGCACCCGUGCCGGCGCCGGUUCCCACCCCACCAGCACCGUUGCCGCCCUGCGCCACGCUAGACUCGCGGCUCUCUGUUGUACCUACUGAGGACGCAGCGCGUGACGAAUCUACGUCCGCUGAGGAUUCGGAAGUCAUCACUACCUAUGGUAACCCGGCUGAGUCUUACUUUAUGGCGCGUUUGCUCAAUCGCACGCGCGUCAUUAAUACACUUGCUGCGGUACCCGAGGAACUGUCCCGGGUUGAGCGCCCUGCUUCGGAACCGCGCGAGUCAACGCCGCCUGCGACAUUAUUGCCGGAACCUGUCCCGCCACCUGUACCAGAAACUCGCGCUCCAUCGCCGCCACCGUCACCACCGACCGUCGAAGCACCUCAAGUGGACGCUGGCGGUGACCGCGUGCCCUCUGAUGACGAUGGCGGUAUUCAAAUCAACGAGGUAUCUUCGAGUUCACCAACGGAGGCACCACCUCGACCGCGUGGACGAAGACCUCGCACGGACCAGCGGAAAGAUGAGACCGUCACCAACAAUGACCGCGUGCUACGCUCUCAUCACGAUGUCGAGGUGCCACCGCGGCCCAACACCCGGCAGGCGGCGACGCGCACGAGACCCGCGCCGGCCGCUCCGCCGCCUCUUGAUCGUGUCGUCAUAUUGACUCGCCGAGCACCAUCGCAACCUGUCGCGCCUCCAGAGGUGAAGCAGGCUCCAGCACGAAAGCUGGCACCAAGCGCGCCUGAGUCCACUCCCGGCGAAGACGAGGGACGCCGCGUGGCACGAGCCACGCGAUCACAGGGGGCUGCCACAACGCCGUUAGCGCAAAAAAUAACACGCAGCAUCGGAGCGUACGCGCGAGAGUUGCGCGGCGCGGCCGCAGCGGUGGCGGCGGCGGGAGCGCGGGCGGGAAACUCAGCGCGCGCCCCGGCGGCGCGGCGGGCCCCGGCGGCGCGGCGCCAGGCCACGCGCUCGAAGGAGAACCUCGGCGCCGCGACGGGACGCGCGCCGUCGCCCUCGCCGCCCCCGCGUCAGCGCCCGCGCCGCGCCGAUAGCUCGCGCGACGACGCCGAAGUGCACUCCACCACGCUGGACCCGCCGCCGGCCGCGUGUCUGGCGGCGCGGGCGCUGCGCUCGCGGAACGAGCCGGCGUCGCCGCCGCUCGCACCGGAGCCGGUGGGCGGCAAGCGUCCGCGCCGCGAGUCGCCGGCGCCGGCGAGCAAGGUGUCGAAGCUGGCGCCGGAGCGGUGCGCGCGGGCGCUGGGCAAGCGCGCGUCGGGUCCGUGGGCGCCGGCGCUGGCGCUGCGCAACCGCCUGCGCCGACGCCUGGCCAAGUAGCGGCGGCGGCGGCCUCGGCUGCGCUCGCGCCCGCUGUCGAUUGUUAGUUUAGUCCGAAGUCGGAUCCAAAGAUGCCCGCGUCGUAUACGGUUGCGUUUCUGUUGUUGAUGUUUCGCCGGCCGCGCGGCCGCCGUGGGGCGUCGCGUGCGUCGUAGCCUUCAAGGUCGCCGUCUGUGUUAAACGAUAGUACAAACGAAUAUUACUGAGUAUUUUACAUGUAAGUUUGACACGUGGACCAGGAGCACGAGCGUUGCGUUAGACCUAGUGGAUAUUUAUUUUCUCAAUAUUUAUAGCUUCUAUCAUAUUGCAUUUAUCUUUAGGCCGAUGUGGAAUCUGAUCUUAUUAUAGUUACGUCAGAGGCUACGGUGCGAAAAUCUGAUGGCUACUUCUCUCCAAAUGACGUCAAAUGAUUUUUAUAUAUCGCAAAAGUUAUAAAUAUAAAGUUUUGAUAUCCUGUUGAUAUAGUGAGUAAUAUAUACUUUAUUGUAAAAAUUAGACUUACACCAAGAGUGCUUUCUCAAAAAAUUAUAAUAAUAAAUUAAAGUGCUAAAAUAAUUAUGUUAAAUAUGUACAGAUGUGUGUAUACACCUAUCACCAAUUUUUUUUUUCAAAUAUUAUGAUAAAAUAUAUUGUUUCUAUGGGAACUUAGCAGAGCGGUUAUUCUUUUGGGAAAAGAAUUGUUUUAAGUACUUCCUAAUUUAGCUUUAUU